UGUGGAUCCGAGCCGCUUUAAAGCACCGAUCUGCUGUUUCCAUCCUACAUGAGCAUCCUCGGAACCUGAAGCGGGUCAUGGCAUAAACAUGGCCCACAACAGAAGCUUUUUCCUCGAAGCCCUGGAUAGAUCUGACUCCAGGAGAGAUGGAGGCUUCAAGCACAGCUGGAGCUUCUCCCUUCCUGGUGACGGGGAGACCGAGAGGAGACACGAAGCGAGCGUGGUGAGCGUGGAGGAGAUGGAGCGGGAGCAGCUGACCUCCCCGGAGGAGAAGAAGUCUCCUUUAGGCCCGUUCGGUUCUGAUGCCCUGAGAACCUUUGGAAGCCGAUCAAACGUGAGGCCUCUGAACCGGCUGGGUCCGAGAAGAUUCAGCGACGUCCCGCUGGCGGUACCGACGCCGUCCUCCACCAGCGCCACAACCAACUUCAACCUGAUCCUCACCUCCACGCUUCCCCCGGGGAUCGUGCUGCAGGGUCGGCACUUUCAGCACGCUCAGGUCCCUUCCAUGAUCAGGAAACCCGUUCAGAGAAACGACCCAUCAGCCACACAGGAAGCUGUGGAGAUGGACAGCAUCGUCCUCACCUGUCCAGAGUCCCAAGACGAGACGCUGAUCAGGAAACGGCGUGUCCAGCAGAAGAGGAGGCCUCUGGAGAACGUCUGCUGUUCCCCUCAGCUCAAAGUCACCGAGCCCGCCCCCCCCACCGUCUACCACACCGUGUGCCUGAAGUGCAACAAGCCCAGCGAGGACAGCAGCCGCUGCCUGAGCUGUGGGAGCAGCGAGUCUCUGGUGGGCCCCCGGUCCGCCCCGGCCUCCCCGACCCCCAGGCCCUCCAUCAGACCCCAGCCCCCCCCCGGACCCAACGGCCUGCAGCAGAACUUCUACAAGCCCGCCAUGAGGGAGCCCCUGCCGGUACGGGUCACCUGCGGCAGGGCGGGGCUGCUCAGCAACGGCCGAGUCCCCCCAUUGGCCGGGACGUCCGGCUGCUGCAGGGCCGGCACCCCCACCAAGGGGAAGGCCCCGGGGGGGGGGCAGCCGCCUGAGCUCAACGACCCCAUCGUCCUGUCCAGCGACGAAGAGGAAGAGGAGGCAGAAACCAGCAGCACCGGCAGCGGCAACCGAUUGGACAACGUUUCCCCCCGACCCGCUGACUCCGCCCACUCCUCCCCGGCGCCCUCUGCUGGCAGAGUGGAGGCGGCGGUGAAGAGCGCCGAGGAGCUGCCCGCCGACUUCUUUGAAGACGUGAACACCAGGAUCCGGAUCCCGCGGAGAGCGCGCAUGAAGGACCAGUUUGGGAACCAGCCGCCCGCCCAGCAGCUUCCCGCUAAGAGGAAGAAGCUGAAAGCGUCGCCCACCAAGUGCGACAGCAUCAUCCUGGAGUGCCGCAGCGUUCGCAUCGGGACCCUGAGGCGCAUGGUGGUCAAGCCCGUCAUCUUUUCUGUGGACAGCAUCGAGGUGGAGGCUGAAGGCGCAGAGGCCGGCACCUCGGAGGCGCUCCGCCUGCAGACGUCUGAGCUGAUCAGCUGCGAGUGGUGCAGCGUCCGCAAACUUCCCGUCCUGUUCUUCCAGACCAGCGAGGACGAGUGUCUCCGCCUGCGCUCCCAGCUCCACAUGUCCCAGGAGCGGGGGGGCCAGUGGUACGACUGCGCCGCAGACCAGGUAGACGAGAAGUACAUCGUCCUGAUCUUCGAGAACGGUCUGGUGAUGAAGGAGCAGAUGAUCCUGGAGGACAUCCUGACGGUCAUCGGCAGGAACAACAACCUCAGCAGCUUCCCCACCAAGCUGACCUUUGAGGAGGCCAACAUCCGCCUGGUCAACUACAACAAGGCGUCCAGCCAGAAGGUGGAGAAGGUGAAGCCAGAGCAAACCUCUCCCAGCUCGCCGGCGCUGUCCCUGGGCCCGGCCGCCGACGUGUCCACACGCACACGCAUGGCCACGCGGCAGCACGCCGGCACGUACUUCGAUGAAGAGGAGGACAUGACGGACCUGCAGCCCACCUUCUCUGGACCAGUCAUGAAGCUCAUGGUGUACCCGCCGCCUCCAGCCAAAGGUGGCAUCUUAGUGACUAAUGAAGACCUGCACUGCCUUAAUGACGGCGAGUUCCUUAACGACGUUAUCAUAGACUUUUAUUUAAAAUAUUUAGUUUUGGAAAAGUUAAAAAAAGAAGAUGCACAAAGAAUCCACGUGUUUAGCUCAUUCUUCUACAAAAGACUGAACCAGAGGGAGCGCCGGACGGGGCCGGACACGGUCAACCUGACAAUCCAGAAGAAAAAGCACAACAGGGUGAAGACGUGGACGCGGCAUGUGGACCUGUUCCAGAAGGACUUCAUCUUUGUUCCCAUCAACGAGUCAGCUCACUGGUAUUUGGCGGUGAUCUGCUUCCCGGGCCUGACCGGUCCGGUUUUGGAGAAGAACCCAAAGUUUGAGUCCGGGUCACCGGCUGAGCCGCAGUCAGAGGACAGCAUCCCGGACCACUGCCGGCCUCUGUCUCCGGACGGAGACGGCUUGGACUGCUCGUCAGAGGAGCCGUCACCAGAGGGCUCUGCGGAGGCCGACUGUGACUUUGGGCCGGAACCGCCGGGGUCCAACCAGACAGAACCCGGGCCGCAGUACCUGAGCGCGCUGCACCAGAUCAGCGUGUGCUACGGCUCAGGGAACGGAGACGACACCUGUACCUUCUCUGACGACCAAAGCUCCUGUCAGGACGACUGCAGCAACGACGGCAACCUGAGCGAAGACGCCGGGGCCGCCGACGUCUCCGCUUUGGCCUCCAAGUCCAUCAUCUGCAAACAGCCCUGUAUUCUCAUCAUGGACUCUCUGCGGGGGCCAGGCAGGUCCAACGUGGUGAAGACCCUCAGAGAGUACCUGGAAGUGGAGUGGGAGGUGAGGAAGGCGAGUCAGCGGAGCUUUGGGAAGGAGGUGAUGAAGGGCUCCAGCCCACGUGUGCCUCAGCAGGACAACUUCAGCGACUGUGGAGUUUACAUCCUGCAGUAUGUGGAGAGCUUCUUUGAGAACCCCAUCCCCAGCUUCCACCUCCCCAUGAACCUGUCGGAUUGGUUCCCUCAGCAGCGCAUGAAGACCAAGCGGCAGGAGAUCAAGGAGCUGAUCCUGAAGAUCAAAGAUCAACAAGAGCUGGACAAGAAGGAGUCCGACUAGGCGGCGGCCCGGUUCCCCCGGUUCUCCCGGUUCUCCCGGGUCCUCAGCCACGAACAGCAGACUUUAAAUUUGUACGGAGUGAGACGUGUAAAUACGCUGCCUUUGUAGUUCCCUUUUUCAGGACUCACGGGAGAAGUGGCCCGUUAAGUUAUGGUGUCAUUCAGGUUCUGCUCGCUCCAGGAGGUUCUGGUCAGAGCCGGCGCCGCUCCUGGAGCGUUCUAGGCCUGCCCUGCUUAGCGGAGCGUGCUGAUAAUAAACGUUGUAAGUAUUGUCAGUCGGUAGCUUCUUGUUGUGUGUCUGGAGUGGAGUGCAGGAAUUUACAGCAUUAAAAUUAAACUUAGAUGCAA